CCUUUGCUCGAACGAGAGAGUGGGGCUCGUCAGGACGUACUUCUGCUCGUCCUCGUCUUGAUCAUUCUUCUUCGUAGAAUUCGUGGUCCGGUUAACGGACUUUCAACAUAUCCACAUGGCUCUUUUAUCUCUACGUUUGGCUUCCUCUUUGGCGAGGCAGUUGCCAAAUGCUACGAUUCAGGUCAACUGGCCUGCUGUCACUGUUUCAACUCGCAAAUACCAUGUGUCCUGUAGUCGCCGUUCUGCAGAAAUCUCUUCUAUCCUGGAAGAACGUAUCCUUGGCGCUGCUCCAAAGGCAAAUCUUGAAGAAACUGGCAGAGUACUCAGCAUUGGUGAUGGUAUUGCUCGCGUCUACGGUUUAAAGAACAUUCAAGCCGAUGAGAUGGUAGAAUUCAGCUCAGGCUUGAAGGGUAUGGCAUUGAAUUUGGAACCUGACAAUGUUGGUGUUGUCGUAUUUGGUAAUGACAGGCACAUUAAGGAAGGAGAUGUUGUUAAACGUACUGGAGCUAUCGUGGAUGUUCCUGUCGGUGAAGAAUUAUUAGGACGCGUUGUUGAUGCUUUGGGUAAUCCCAUUGAUGGUAAAGGUCCAUUAAACAACAAACUAAGAUUCCGUAUUGGUACCAAAGCUCCAGGUAUCAUUCCUAGAGUAUCCGUAAGGGAACCUAUGCAAACUGGAAUCAAGGCUGUAGAUUCUUUAGUGCCUAUUGGUAGAGGACAGCGUGAGUUGAUUAUUGGAGACAGGCAGACUGGAAAAACUGCUCUUGCCAUUGAUACUAUCAUCAAUCAAAAACGUUUCAAUGAUGGUGGUGAAGAAAAAAAGAAAUUAUAUUGUAUCUAUGUUGCUAUUGGUCAAAAGAGAUCUACUGUUGCUCAAAUUGUCAAACGAUUGACUGACAGUGGUGCUAUUAAUUACACUAUUAUUGUUUCUGCUACCGCAUCUGACGCCGCUCCGUUACAGUAUCUGGCACCAUAUUCUGGUUGUGCCAUGGGAGAAUUCUUUAGAGAUAAUGGAAAACACGCUUUAAUUAUCUAUGACGAUUUAUCGAAACAGGCUGUUGCCUAUCGACAAAUGUCUUUGCUACUUAGAAGACCACCAGGUCGUGAAGCUUACCCUGGUGAUGUAUUUUAUCUUCACUCGCGUUUAUUAGAGCGAGCUGCCAAAAUGAAUGAAAGUUUAGGUGGUGGAUCUUUAACUGCCUUACCUGUCAUUGAAACUCAGGCUGGUGAUGUAUCUGCCUAUAUUCCAACCAAUGUCAUCUCUAUUACUGAUGGUCAAAUCUUCUUGGAAACUGAAUUGUUUUAUAAAGGUAUCCGACCAGCCAUUAACGUUGGUCUGUCUGUAUCUAGAGUCGGAUCUGCUGCUCAAACCAAGGCUAUGAAACAGGUUGCUGGUUCCAUGAAAUUGGAAUUGGCUCAGUAUCGUGAAGUAGCAGCUUUCGCACAAUUCGGAUCUGACUUGGAUGCUGCAACUCAACAAUUGUUGAAUCGUGGUGUUAGAUUAACGGAACUUCUCAAACAAGGACAAUAUGUUCCAAUGGCCAUCGAAGAACAGGUUGCUGUCAUCUACUGCGGUGUCCGUGGUUAUCUUGAUAAAAUGGAGCCAUCUAAAAUCACUGCCUUUGAAAAAGAAUUCCUUGCUCAUAUUAGAUCUACUCAACAAGAUCUUCUAAGUACCAUUGCAAAGGAAAAUUCCAUUAGCGAAUCAUCUGAUGCUAAGUUAAAGAAAAUUGUCACUGACUUCCUUUCAUCAUUCUCAGCGUAAAUGAUUGUUAAACACAUUUAAGUAUCAGUAUAGAGACAAUUAAAUGGAACAUUCUUUAUUAAAACAAAUUCAGUUCACAGAUGAAAUACAUUGAUAUUAAAAGUAUCAACAAUGUAUGUCGUCUGCUUUUGUUAAAUGUAAUUAACAUUUCCAAAAUCUAUACAAUAAAUACGAUAGUCGUAAUAUA